UUCUUCAGAGAUUCCAGGCUUGGAUUAGCCUUUGUUGUUGAAGUACAGCAUAAUAAUGCUUAUGCCUUUCAACUAGCUGUUCCACAAUUUUAUAUAGGGUAGUAUAAAUGACAAGUGUGCUGGAAAAGAUCUUGAACUUUUGGACAAACACUGAAGAUUUUAUUGGUUUAGUCACAUGACAUACCUCACAGAUGUGAUGCCUGCAUGCCUUCAUUACAACCCAUUGUGUCGUCAUCAUCGGACAUGUCUGAAAAGAAAUCGCCUCCUCAAAAGCAGGAGAAGCCAUUACUCAUAAGAACACCGCAAUCAGAAAGCAAGCCAUUGAAACGUAAAUUUCUUGUAUCUGAUUCUCCACCACAACUUGAUGAAGACGACCGCAAGACCACACCUAAACGGAAGAAAACCCUUUUAAAUUCUGAGAUGUCCCCCACCCAUCAUGGAUCCACCCCUGUUUCUAAGGCCCCCAGUAGUGGAAUUACAUCCCCUCGAACGGGGCCCCUGUCUGAGAGACAACAGAUGCUAUUUCUUAUGAAGAUGACUGAUGACUCUCAAGACUCAUCGUCUAAGCCUACUUCUCCACAACCUUCCGCUCCCCCUGUAAAGAAAACCCCUGGGGACAAGAAGGUCCACAAGAGAAAUGAGCGAGGGGAAACACCCCUCCACUUAGCAGCCAUCAAAGGCGAUGUAAAACAAACAAAGAAGUUGAUCAAGGCUGGGGCUGAUGUCAAUGUGGCAGAUUUUGCAGGUUGGACACCACUUCAUGAAGCUUCAAACAAAGGUUGGGUUUCUGUUACUAAGCAACUUCUAAAGGCUGGGGCCAAUGUGAAUGUCCAAGGACUGGAGAAUGACACACCCCUUCAUGAUGCUUCAGGAAAUGGCCACACUGAGUUGGUGGAGCUUCUGUUGAAGCAUGGUGCCAACCCUCUACAGCCCAACAGUAAAGGGAAAACCCCGGUGGAUGUGGCCGCCUCUCAGGACAUGGUCAAACUGCUGAGGAAAGAGAUCAUAGCCUCUAGUAGUGAUAGUUCUAGUCUGGACGACGCACGCUCUCCCACCUCACCGGAAAGCAACUCCUCCUGCAAGGAUGAUGAUAUGGAUAUCUUUGCACCCAGAAAUCCUAAAUCAGACUCUAACAAUGCAACUUUGGGACCAAGUAGCCGCAAAAGCAUCUUCAUCAAGUUCCAGAGAGAACAAAUAGAUGAACAGAGUGAUAAAUCUCCAGACUUUUAUAGUUGUCAUGUGGAGACUAGUGAGAACAAGGACACUCUAUUUGCGUGUGAUAGCCCCGCCUCCAGUGGGAGUGACCUUUACGACCCCCAGUUACAGAGUGAAAGGUUCAAAUCCAAGACAGGAAAUACCGAGGAAACAGGUGCCUCCAGUACAGAAUCUCCAGCAUCAAAAGUUAAACUACCAUUCUCAUCAUCAUCAGAUGUCAGUGGAUUUGAUAUGGGAGGAUUUAACAGAUUAAAUAAUCUGGAACCUGACAGUCAGAGUGUGGAAAACACAUCACAAAAGUACAAGUUAAAAGUUUCAGAAACACAGCCAUUUUUCCCACAUAGUGAAAGUUUUAGUGAUAGUGAAUCAAGAGAUUCUUUUAAAAUGUAUGGUGAUAGUGAUAGGACUCGCAUUCCCUCCGUAGACUCCAGUCUUUCUCGAUUAAAAGAAUCAGCGUCUUCAGACGUUCAGCGUAACAGUGUUGUCAGUUCAGUACUAAAUUCAUGUACCUCCACUACAACUGGGAAGUCCGGGAGUAGUGGGGAAAAUAACAGUGUAUCAAGUAGUUCUAACAAUGAACAAAGCUUUCUGCAAAAUAGCUCAAAUAUUCCUCGAAGAAAUAGUAUUAGUAGUUCAAACAAUUUUGUGACAAACAGUGCCAACAAUGGGAAUUCAAAUGACCUGCCAAAUUCUAGUGUUAGUUCAAGUGGACUCAAGUGGGACCUUCGAUCUACAGCUUCACCCAAAAGUGAGGAAGGCAGCAAUCAUUCUGGAAGGUCUGACUCUAAUCGGAAUAGCUCUCCUGUACGAUUGGAGGGCAGAGACUUCAAGUCCUCACCAAGAGACAGUAAGCCCUGUUCACCCAAGGUGCCCCCAUUGAAAAUCAUCAUCCCUCCAAAAACAUCAACAGCAAUAAAUCAGGACCCAGAGUCAGCAAAAAUUCACACCUCCAAGAAAUCUCUCCCUUAUGUGUUAAAUCCCACUCAGGAACAGCAGGCAGGGGGAGUGCUACCUCAGAACAACAUGACCAGCCUGGCCAUUCCACAGGAAUCCCAGCCGGUAGCAAGCCCUGCCUCUUCGCGGUCCUCAUCGAGCGGAAGUGCUGCAGUGUUCAAGGAUGGUGAAAAGUAUUCUGUUAAAGACUCAAAAGAAAAGGACUCAAAGGAGUCUUCUUCUGAUUCUCAAGUUAAUGUAGAAAGUGAUCAAAAGUCAGAGGAGAUUUCUUCGUCAAAAGAAAGUAAGGAAAGAGACAACAGUUCAAAGGUCAAGGACAGAGAAAAGGAGGGAAAGGAAAAGGGACAGGAUGACGAGAAGGAAAAGGAGACGCAGCAAACAAGGCGGACGUUACGAUCACAUACACAGGCACUGCAGCAGGAGAAACAGAAACAGGGCAGACCACCUCCCAAAGACAAAGAGAAGGAUUCAGGAAGUAAAGAAUCCUCUGACAAAGAUGAGACAGGAAGUACCACUAAAAGUAAAGCGGAGGAUGAGGAUGUCCACACGUUGCCACGGAAACGAAAGGGUUUACGCCCAAAGUCUGACACUGCUCCCCAGCCUCCCACUGAACCAACAAUCACACUGCCGACAGUGUCCUAUGAGAAGCCACCUAAUCCAUUUGAACUGUAUUUAUCAAUCAGAAAACAGGUGCUUCAGCAGCAGAACAGUCUGGCAGUUGUUUAUCCUAAAGCUCCUCAAGGCUUCAAAGACUACUUAAUGGUCAGCUGUGGCUAUGUGUUGGAAGGAAAGAAGGCCAGUACCCUCUCUGUACCAAUGUUGUCACCUCCUAAUGCAGUGCAAGGGGAAAUGAAAGAAUUAUUUAUAAAUCAGGAAAAAGUCAGAUACAAGCUAAGGCUGCAACAUUUAACAGAAAGGGAGAAAUUGAUCUUAUCAUUGGAACAAGAGAGAAUCCGUGAACAUGGGAGAGCAGCACGGGCAAUGGCUAAUCAGAGUCUGCCUCUCAGCGUCUGUACAAUAUUGAGGAACGAGGAAAUCUAUCAUGCUAUGGAACCAGAGCAGGAAGAAAAGGAGAAAGGUGGGAGAGCCAGAUACAAUGGACGACAGUUUUUGUCCUGGUUAAAAGAUUUAGAUGACAAGUUUGAAAAACUCAAGGAGGACCUGUUGUGUAGACAUCACAUGGAGGCAGAUUCACUUUAUGCUAUCCAGAAGCUAGACUGGGAAUGGAAGAUGAAGGAGUUAGGUUUAUGUGACUAUAACGCUAACCCAGAGGUGGACGAAGUGAACGUUCCCUUGGUACAAGUCCACGAAUUUGAUCUAACGUAACAGAGCUUGCUUAAUAGUUGGACAUAAUCACAGAGUUACAAAGUGAAGGCACUGGAUAAAGAGAGAGCAUCACUUUAAUGUUGCUGUCAUGUUGAGAUCCUGAAAGAAACAGAUGGAAAUGAAAGGGAUUUGUGGUGUGGUGUGUUGUACGAUGAAAAAAGUGUGGAUUGCAAUAUUAACAUAGUGCUUAUUUGUGGUCAAAAGAUUGCAAGAAUGAAAGAUGUGUUAUAUCUCACACUGUGCAGAACCAGAUAAUGGGUUUAUGCCAGUGGAUAGAGAGUUGUUAAGUCACAAGAAGAGAUACCUUUGUGUAGAUAGAGAUCAUCAAUGCCAGUACAUCAGCCCUCUAUGAAUGUUGUGAUGCAUGUGGAGUCUUCAUACACAUGAAAAGAAACAGCCUGCUUAACAGCCAAACUGUCAUCCAAUCAACAAUUAUUAUAAAAUAAUUCUUAAAAAUAGUUUAACUCUUAAAGCUUCUUAUUACCUGCAUUUCGGAAUUAUGCUAGGUGAUUGGUUUUAAGUCAAAAAUUGAAAUUUGGAAAUUAUUUGAAGCCACACGUAUUUUCACUUUUACACUAAAGUGCUUUCUUAUAGUUGAUUGCAAUGUUUCAAGAACAUAUUCUCAGACUGUAUCAACUUGAAAAAAAAUAUGUCCCCAUUCCAAAUGAAAGUUUGUUUUUCAAUUAUAAUGUUAUUCUUAAUUUUCUAAACAUUAGGGAUAAUAUUUUAUUUCAAAAUACUAGUACUAUACCUCUUCCUGAAGUUAAGCAUCAGUCUUUUGAAUUAUAUGCAUAAUUUUACUUUGAAAGUAUGCUGAACUGUUGAAUAAGGGGCAGUCUUUCAGGUUUUGACUACUUAUUAGAUAAAGUAUUGCACUAGAUAGCUUUAUUUCAGUAUAGAAAUGGGUUAAACUGAAAUCAUGUUUUAAUUCACAUAAUAAAGUAGUAAUUUAUGUUUAGUUAUUCUUGAACAAAGUAAGAAAAUAUUUGUGUCACGAUUUUUAACAUUAGUGAAAGAACUAGAAAAAAUAUUUUUUUAUCAAACUUUUAUUAAUCUAGUGAAAAGGAACAUUAUUUGAAGGAAUGAGUUUCUGAAUCUCAUUGCUAAUGUUUAUUAACUUGGUUAAACUAUUGUCUUAUUAACUUGGUUAAACUAUUGUCUUGAUAUUUGUUCCCUAGUCUUAAAUCCAAAUACAAAGGCAAUAUUGUUUUAAUAGUGCUGCAUAUUUCUUUUAUCUAUUAAGCAACUGUUAAAUGUUCUCAUGUUAUGUUACUAGUGUGAAGGCAUGUGCCUCCUCUUCAUAUUUUAAAACUGGAGUUUCCCAGCACCCCUGUUCAUUGGUAUUUAGUGUUGUACAGCAAUGUAUCAGGAUAAAAACAAAUUACUAAUUUUUUUAAACAUUGAAAUAUUUAAUGUUUCAAAUUAUUUUUGUCACGUGGAAAAUGUCGUGGAAGAAUUCUUUUUCCAUGCAUUUAAAAUAAACUGUACAGAAACUUG